UCGCCCCCUACGUCACGUACACCGUAACACACACGCACACACGCGUAUUAUACCGUGUAUAUUUAAACGCAUGUAAUAACUGCCGAGAGUCAUCUCGCGCGCGCGACAAGACGUUUGUUUGUAUACACACAAACACUGCAACGGUGUUGUCCCGCGAGUAAGUAAACAGUGUCGCGUCGUUUUUCCAAUUAUUCUUCGGUCGUCAAUUAUUUUUUGUGUGAAUUUUGUUUUUUUCUGUUGGAUGCUGUCCUCGCCUCUCCAAGAGUAAAAUCGAGAGGAAGUUUGAGAGACGGCACACCGUGCACUGGGUGUGUCUCGCAAGCCGAGUUGUCGUUGUGCUUUCGUUAACAAUUUUUUCGGUCCUAGCUGACAGUGACAGACUGUGCAUCGUUGACAUCAAUGACACAGUUCUCCGGUGCUUGCGCGCGUGUGUGUUUCUGUGCAGCUUCUUGUGCAGCUCUGAAUAAUUGAUAAAUAUAGCCCGGCUACCGGCACGACUACUCACAGUGUGCGUGUGCAUACGCAUAAAACACAGUCGGAGCAGUAGAGUCGAGUGAUAAAGAGCCAGUUCUAUUCGUCCUGUGUCGCGGCGGCUAUAUGCAACAGUGUGUUUAUCAUUACAUGUGUGGUAUUACAGUAACAGUGCAGUGAUACGGUUGCAGUAAAUCGCACACGUAUAUAUACGUAUAUACGUAUGUAUCGUUCGCAAGUGGAUAAUAGGCAGCCAGUGUGUCGAGGCACGUAUUUAGCAGCGGCGGCGCAGCAUCACGUCUUGCACACGAGAGUGCAUUGUGCCCAGCGCUUGGACCAACAGUAGCCUCCCGUGUUGUAACGUACGACGAUUUCGAACGCAGAAAUUAUAAAGAGAGACAAGUUUACCGAGGCAUCACGGCAGAACAGCAAAAGUGACUAUUAAGCAUCGCACAGUUCGCGCUCGUGAGCAUCCCCAAAGCUUUACGUAAACGCGCCAGACUUUGAUGUUGAAAGAAAAAAGGCGUGACUCUCGCGGCAGCAGUAGCAGCAUCGAUGAUAUUCGCCGUCGUCGUUCUUGCUGAAGAGAGCCCGGCAACGCAGGCAGCAACACAGAGAGAAUUAUUGUGAACACUUUAAAGUGAGAAAAAGGAGGAAUAUCUCUCUCUCCCUUUCUCGGGCUCACGCACAAAGAGGAGGUGUACAUUUUCGCUCUGAAGGAAAGUGGCGUUAUAGAAUCCUCGAAGAGAAAGAGAUUUGUGAUUUAUCGCCGUUCGUUUAAGCGGCUUCCUAUUUUUUCCUUCUACGCAUCUCUCCAGCAGUAGCAGCAGUAAUAGUAGAACAACUCGUGCACACAGAGCUCGCUCGCAAAUCAACAACAAGAAGAAGGCAGAAAAGGAAGCGCGCAACAACAGUCGAGCGCGUGUCGGCGCCGAGGCUCCACGCGAAGAAGAUGAAAGGAAGAAAAUAAAUACAUUUCUGUCUGACUACUCCGUUACUUUAGCGCGACAGCAGUGGCAAUCACAUUUAUGCGUCUGAUAGCGUAUACAGCAUGCCCGCCCGCUCGCCUGCAGCGUCGUCGAGUGAUAGGGUGAAGACCCAAAGAGCAAAGUAGUCGCAGGAAGAAGGACUAUUCACAUCAACGCACACGACGGCUACGGUGACGACGACGACCGUGCAGCGAACGGAGAGGAGAGAGGGUAGAGAGAGAGGAGCGACUGUCACUUGCCGAGGACAUACACGUACACACACACGUAUGCAGCAAGCAGUACACACUACACGUCAAGUUGCAAGCUCUAGCUAGACACUGAGUGUACUUUUAUCCUCCUCCUUCUCUCGCCCUCUACCACCACCACCCCCCGCGCUUUUGCCGGCGAAGAAGGUGAACGCGCGCUUAAAUCGCGCUCGCCCGACUCUCUAUCUCGAGUGCCGAAUGCUGCGUAAGGGCUCUGUGUAAGGAGCGCGAGAGAAAAAAAGCAACGACGUACGUAGACAAAAGGAGCUCGAGCGAGCGAGAGAGGAAUAAAAAGCAACAAAAACAACAACAACAACAAACUGCAGACGCAACGGCACAUCAGAAGUGGUGGGAGGAAAAGAAGAGCGGAGAGAGACACUGACGCGUGUGUGACGUGAAGUGACGCGUCGUCGAGGCGACGGGGCUGCUGCGACGCCUCGACGUCGCUACUGCACCCCCCUGCCGCGCUAGCGAGCGACAACAACGGCGAGACAUAUUUUCUUCUCUCGUCGCGCGCAUAUAUACAACACACUUGUAGGUACACCUACACCUACAGACACAUCGAAAUCGCGUAGUGCUCGCGAGAAUAAAUACAUACAGUGAUAUAGCUAAUGCACGCGAGUGCGCAAACUUGCGGGAGGAUGCCGGGUGCAAAAAUCAUGGAUAAGCGAGCGGGAGCGGCGGCAGUUUUUCAAGCGCGUCGGUGGCUACUCGCGCUGAUUCUCCUGACCGUAGCCUCGAGCACGCUCGUCCGGGCCAAGAUUACCAAUGAGGAGAUAGUGACGAUGAGCGAAGCACAAGCGGUGGCGGGCAACAUAGCGCAGAUGCCGUGCGACAUCGAGCCACCAGUGCAAGGGGACAAAGUCAGCCUCGUCCUUUGGUACAAGGAACCCUCGGAUUUGCCGAUAUACUCGGUUGAUAUGCGUAAGGCGCAGGGCACACAUUGGCAAAACGUCUCACUGGGUAGUCGAGCUUUAUUCAAGCACGCCGAGUCGCCAGCCAAGCUGAAUCUCGAGGCCGUAAAAGAGAGCGACGCAGGGCUUUAUCGUUGCCGGGUCGACUUUAAGCAGUCGCCUACGAGAAACAGCAAAGUCAAUCUCACCGUCAUAAUACCGCCAGACCAGCUUAGAAUUCUGGAGGAAGGAAGCCAGUCCCAUAUACCGUACUACGUGCUCGGCCCGUACAGCGAAGGUGCCUCGCUCAACAUUACCUGCGUUGCUACUGGAGGUCAGUAA